ACCUACUUCACAUGAAACCACAGGAUCUAUAAAGUGCUCUCCCUUGGGAUCCAACUUUCACAACCUUAGUUUUUCUUUGAUUUUUGCAAUCUACACAAUUCGUCAUGGGAGCCACAACUUUUACACAUGAUUAUUCGUCCCCAGUUACUCCACCACGCAUGUUCAAGGCCUUGAUCACUGACUCUAGAAAUUUGCUUCCAAAGCUCUUACCACAGUUCAUAAAAGAGGUCAACGUGAUCCAAGGAGAUGGGGAAGCUGGAAGCAUUGAACAAGUUAACUUUGCUGAAGCUUUCCCCUUCAAAUAUGUGAAACACAGGAUUGAUGAGGUUGAUAAUGAGAACUUGGUGUGCAAAUAUACUAUGAUUGAAGGGGAUCCAUUGGGGGACAAGCUUGAUUCUAUAGUUUAUGAGGUUAAGUUUGAGGCCACUAGUGAUGGAGGUUGCCUUUGUAAAAUGACAAGCAAAUACAAUGUCAUUGGGGGUUUCGAAAUCAAAGAGGAAGACAUAAAGGAAGGAAGGGAAAGCUCCCUUGGAGUCUGCAAAGUUGUGGAAGCCUACCUGCUGGAGAAUCCACAAGUCUAUGCUUAAUCGUUCAUUUGUUUUUCUCAAGUAUAUAUACAGAUACUGUUCUAAGAUUAUAUUCAAAUUUAUUCAAUUUUUGAAUGAUAGUGUGCAACAAAUAUAGGGACAAUAAGAAUAAUGUUUGCAAAGUAUUAAACUCCUUAAUAAGUCCUUAGUGUUUAAGGGCAUACUUUGUGGUUUGACAAAUAUUUGUACUUUUGUAGUAACAAAGAGUUGGAGAUUCACUAUCCUCUUUAUGAAUCGAUUGAGUAUCAUAAUAAUAAUUCUGCCGAAUCAUUGU